AUAAAAUUGGUGGUUAUGAGGAUAGGGAAAUUGAUUAUUUUAAAAUACAUUAAUGCAUAAUUCAUGCAUUGUGGUUCAUUGAUUAAGAGAAUAAGUGACCAUAUGGAAAAUACUAAGAUGCAGACAGGUUUAAAAUGUUGACCAGAAUGUUUUCAGCACACUAAUUCACUUCAGGUGGGAGAGACCACAUUACUUUUAUCUGCCCUGUCCUGGGCCACCUUUUCUUCAUCCAGGGUCACGUGUUUAAUUGUUCAUCACAACCGCACCUGGUGACCAGUGCUUUUUCACAGCUGCCAAAGACUUAGAGACUUAGGAGCAUUUUGCAUUUCCAUGGUGAUGUGCACAAACAACAAAAAAAUGUGCUUCCCUGCAUGUGCGAUUAGCACAGCCACCACAGAGUCUGCAUGGACAUUUCCAAAAGUUUGCUUUGUGCCGCCCAUGGUGGCUUCAUUAGGGGCAACAACAGGGACGCCCAAUUAAACUGACGUUAGUCCCGAAGAGAACUUCAUCUGUGAAGGACUUGCCUUUCCUGUCUGACUGCUGGGGAGGAAAGAAAGCUACACUUACGGUUAUUCACCGGAUAAAUAUUUCAGAGCCAUGUAUGAAUAAUUAGUGCAGACGCAGUGCCAUUUCAACAUCAUGAGUGAAGUAAAGGAAAAAAGAAAAUUCAUUUUAAGUUCCGAGUCUUUUUGCACUACAGAGCUGGAGUCCUCUAUGCACACAAUAGAUUAACUACCCUCGGUGCAUACUAUAUUUUGCCCAGCCCUUAAUAUUCUGAAGCUGGACUAAAGCAGUCGUUAUCCGCGGCGGUGCCUGGUGGUUUGCAAGCCCAGCACUACCCACCCAAGUGGCUGUGAUACCGGCUUUCAGCGAAGCCUUAUUACUCUUAAAAGAGCAAUUUGGUUGGUUGCACGGCUAUUAGGAUCACACAGGCAGGCUGAAAGCUGUCAGUAGAACUGCUUCUCAUCUCUUUCACACAAUUCUGACAUCUCUUCUCUUUUCGGCUGGACACAGACCUUCCUGUUUUUAUCAUUUUCAAUCAAGCUCACCCAGAACGCCGCGGAAUAUAUUCCCACUGAAAGCAAAGUGGAGAACAGAAUUAUCUGUGAGCUCUUGGAGGGGAAGCAGUGCCGACUGCGUUCUGAGAAGGAGCUGGAUCGGAGAGAAAUGUAGCUUGGCUCAGGGCUACAUCAGGGAGCUGCUACUUCAGCUGUUAAAGAUGGCAAAGCAACACCUACCUCAGGUUGUUCAAUGAUUCCUGCUAUUUUCAUAACCGGGAGGGAAGAGGAUGUGAGAAAUUUUUGUGACAUUAACUUGUGGAAAUGUUAUCAUCCGAGAAAGUGGGGAGAAUUACUACGCUUGAACUUCUCUGCGUUUUGUUGCUCUUCCUCUCUGGACCAACUCUCAGCAAGCUGACCAGGACCCCCUGGAAAGGCAAACCUUGGAAGGGGGGAUCUCGUCUUCGCCAGGAAGACUUUCCCCCACGGAUCGUGGAACACCCUUCAGAUGUCAUCGUCUCUAAGGGCGAGCCCACCACUCUGAACUGUAAGGCGGAGGGCCGACCAACACCCACCAUUGAGUGGUACAAGGAUGGGGAGCGCGUGGAGACAGACAAAGAUGAUCCCCGAUCCCAUAGGAUGCUUCUGCCCAGUGGAUCGUUAUUCUUCUUGCGCAUCGUGCAUGGACGCAGAAGUAAACCCGAUGAAGGAAGUUACGUGUGUGUUGCAAGGAACUAUCUCGGCGAAGCAGUGAGUCGAAAUGCAUCUCUGGAAGUGGCAUUGUUACGAGAUGACUUUCGGCAAAACCCCACAGAUGUUGUGGUGGCAGCUGGCGAGCCCGCAAUCCUGGAGUGCCAGCCUCCCCGGGGACACCCAGAACCUACCAUCUACUGGAAAAAGGACAAAAUUCGAAUCGAUGACAAGGAAGAGAGAAUAAGUAUUCGAGGUGGAAAACUGAUGAUCUCCAAUACCAGAAAAAGUGACGCAGGAAUGUACACCUGUGUGGGCACCAAUAUGGUGGGAGAAAGAGACAGUGACCCAGCAGAGCUGACUGUCUUUGAACGACCCACGUUCCUCAGGAGGCCAAUUAAUCAGGUGGUGCUGGAGGAAGAAGCUGUAGAAUUUCGCUGUCAGGUCCAAGGAGAUCCUCAACCAACUGUGAGGUGGAAAAAGGAUGAUGCAGACUUGCCAAGAGGAAGGUAUGACAUCAGAGAUGAUUACACACUGAGAAUUAAAAAGGCCAUGAGUACAGAUGAAGGCACCUAUAUGUGUAUUGCGGAGAAUCGAGUGGGAAAGGUGGAGUCCUCUGCUACCCUCACAGUCCGAGCUCGCCCUGUUGCUCCUCCACAAUUUGUGGUUAGGCCAAGAGAUCAGAUUGUUGCUCAAGGUCGGACAGUGACAUUUCCCUGUGAAACUAAAGGAAACCCACAGCCAGCUGUUUUUUGGCAGAAAGAAGGAAGCCAGAACCUACUUUUCCCAAACCAACCCCAGCAGCCCAACAGUAGAUGUUCAGUGUCGCCAACUGGAGACCUCACCAUUACCAACAUUCAGCGUUCAGAUGCAGGUUACUACAUAUGCCAGGCCUUAACUGUGGCAGGAAGCAUUUUAGCAAAGGCACAACUGGAAGUUACUGAUGUUUUGACAGAUCGACCUCCACCCAUAAUUCUACAAGGCCCAGCCAAUCAGACACUAGCAGUAGAUGGUACAGCAUUACUGAAAUGUAAAGCCACUGGUGAUCCUCUUCCUGUAAUUAGCUGGUUAAAGGAGGGAUUCACUUUUCUGGGUAGAGAUCCAAGAGCGACCAUACAAGAGCAAGGAACACUGCAGAUUAAGAAUUUACGGAAUUCAGAUACUGGCACUUACACCUGUGUGGCUACAAGUUCAAGUGGAGAGACUUCCUGGAGUGCAGUGCUGGAUGUGACUGAAUCUGGAGCAACAAUCAGUAAAAAUUAUGAUUUGAAUGACCUGCCAGGGCCACCAUCCAAACCACAGGUCACUGAUGUUACUAAGAACAGUGUCACCUUAUCCUGGCAACCAGGUACCCCUGGAACCCUUCCAGCAAGUGCAUAUAUCAUUGAGGCUUUCAGCCAAUCCGUGAGCAACAGCUGGCAGACAGUGGCCAACCACGUAAAGACCACCCUCUAUACUGUGAGAGGACUGCGCCCUAAUACAAUCUACUUGUUCAUGGUCAGAGCAAUCAACCCCCAAGGUCUCAGUGACCCAAGUCCUAUGUCAGAUCCUGUCCGCACCCAAGACAUCAGUCCUCCAGCACAAGGAGUAGAUCACAGGCAAGUCCAGAAAGAACUAGGAGAUGUCAUUGUUCGUCUUCAUACUCCAGUUGUGUUGACCCCAACCACUGUUCAAGUCACGUGGACGGUUGAUCGCCAGCCCCAGUUUAUUCAAGGCUACCGAGUGAUGUACCGUCAGACCUCAGGCCUGCAGGCUGCAUCUACAUGGCAGCAUCUAGAUGCCAAGGUCCCGACUGAGAGGAGCGCCGUCUUGGUCAACCUGAGAAAGGGAGUGACUUACGAAAUUAAAGUGCGGCCGUAUUUUAACGAGUUCCAAGGAAUGGAUAGUGAGUCUAAAUCAGCCCGCACAACCGAAGAAGCCCCCAGUGCCCCUCCACAGUCUGUCACUGUACUGACCGUCGGAAGCCAGAACAGCACAAGCAUUAGUGUUUCCUGGGAUCCUCCUCCUCCAGAUCACCAGAAUGGAAUCAUCCAAGAAUAUAAGAUUUGGUGUCUGGGAAAUGAAACACGAUUCCAUAUCAACAAAACUGUGGACGCAGCCAUUCGUUCUGUAAUAAUUGGUGGAUUAUUCCCAGGUAUUCAAUACAGAGUAGAGGUUGCAGCCAGUACCAGUGCAGGAGUUGGUGUAAAAAGCGAGCCACAGCCAAUCAUAAUUGGGGGACGUAAUGAAGUUGUUAUUACUGAAAAUAACAACAGCAUAACUGAGCAAAUCACUGAUGUUGUGAAGCAACCAGCCUUUAUAGCUGGGAUUGGUGGUGCCUGCUGGGUAAUUUUGAUGGGUUUUAGCAUCUGGUUGUAUUGGCGAAGAAAGAAGAGAAAGGGACUCAGUAAUUAUGCUGUUACAUUUCAAAGAGGAGAUGGAGGACUAAUGAGCAAUGGAAGCCGUCCAGGUCUUCUAAAUGCUGGUGAUCCCAGUUAUCCGUGGCUUGCUGAUUCAUGGCCGGCCACAAGCUUGCCAGUAAACAACAGCAACAGUGGCGCAAACGAAAUUGGGAAUUUUGGCCGUGGAGAUGUGCUGCCACCAGUUCCAGGCCAAGGGGAUAAAACAGCAACAAUGCUCUCAGAUGGAGCCAUUUAUAGCAGCAUUGACUUCACGACCAAAACCACUUACAACAGUUCCAGCCAAAUAACACAGGCUACCCCAUAUGCCACAACACAGAUCUUGCAUUCUAACAGCAUACAUGAACUGGCUGUUGAUCUGCCUGAUCCACAAUGGAAAAGCUCCAUUCAGCAAAAAACAGAUCUGAUGGGAUUUGGUUAUUCUCUGCCUGAUCAGAACAAAGGUAACAAUGCCUUACUUUACAUCCCUGACUACCGAUUGGCUGAGGGAUUGUCUAAUAGAAUGCCACACAACCAGUCACAGGAUUUCAGCACCACCAGCUCUCACAACAGCUCAGAAAGGAGUGGCAGUCUCUCAGGUGGAAAAGGUGGGAAAAAGAAGAAAAAUAAAAACUCUUCUAAACCACAGAAAAACAAUGGAUCUGCCUGGGCCAAUGUGCCUCUACCUCCUCCCCCAGUUCAGCCCCUUCCUGGCACAGAACUAGAACACUAUGCGGUAGAACAGCAAGAAAAUGGCUAUGACAGCGAUAGCUGGUGCCCACCAUUACCAGUGCAAACAUACUUGCACCAGGGUAUGGAAGAUGAACUGGAAGAAGAUGAUGACCGAGUCCCAACCCCUCCUGUCCGAGGUGUGGCCUCCUCUCCUGCCAUCUCCUUUGGACAGCAGUCUACUGCAACACUCACUCCAUCCCCGCGGGAGGAGAUGCAGCCCAUGCUGCAGGCUCACCUGGACGAGUUGACGAGGGCCUAUCAGUUUGACCUAGCAAAGCAAACAUGGCACAUUCAAAGCAAUAAUCAACCGCCACAGCCACCAGUACCACCAUUAGGUUAUGUGUCUGGAGCCUUGAUUUCGGACUUGGAAACAGAUGUUGCAGAUGAUGAUGCUGACGAUGAAGAGGAAGCUUUGGAAACCCCCAGGCCCCUGAGAGCACUAGACCAGACACCGGGAUCCAGUAUGGACAAUCUAGACAGCUCUCUGGCAGAAUAGAGAAACAAAGCAUCAGGAAAUCCUCAUGAAUAAAUGGAUUUCUAUAGUCCUGGCAAGAAUGGUUCAAAAUGAAGAGAAAGAUCAAAGACAUAAAGGCAGGGAAGUAAUUAAUUUGUUUAAGGUAUAGCGAAUGUGUGUGUGGAAAUCCUCAAGUGAAGGAUACACUGUCGCACAGAGUGUAUUUUUGGGGAAAGUUGGGCUAAUUCUCUGGUAGGUGGUCCCAAAGGAUGGCAUUUCUUUAGGGAAGAAAUCACACCCAAAAUAUUAAUUGCCACCUAAUGUAAAUUUAUUGUCUUAACUUGAAUAAGACAUAGCUAAAUAUAAUUAUCCAAAUGUAUCAAAGCAUAGUCAAGAUACACAUCAUGUAUAUUUUAUUAUAUAAACUAUAUUUCAUUAUAUAGUAAAAUUAUAUACUAGUAUAUUAUUGUUUUCUUCCCCAUUUUGGAUGCUUAUGUCACUGCUUCUAUCAUUGUCCAAGGAAUCAAUGAGUUGACUAACAUUAUAUUCUUUGUUUAAUAUUUUUCUGGGAGUUUUUAUGAGGACAGUCUUCCUGUAACUAAAAUAAGGUCCUUUCUAGGAAGUUAUACAUCAAAUAGAAUCACACGUGGAGUUUACAGUGAAUAAGGAAAAUAUUUCAGACACUUAAUCCAAUAUGUAUUUUAUUGAUUGGAUUUCUACUGUAUAAUGUCUUUGUAUAAGAAAUACGAAACUGAAUGAAAGCUUAUCUCCUAGUAUACGGAAUUCUGUGUGUUGAAGAGGAAAUAUAUAAAUGCAAGGAAGUGUAAUACAAGGAAAGAAAAACUAAUGUGCUACUGUAUUUACAGUGUUUAGAAGGAAAAGGAGGGACAGAGAUUGAUUUCUCCCAAGACGAAGUUGAAGGCAGGGUAGAAUUAAGAUGAUACAGGAGAUUGUAUUUCUUUUAGAAUUUAGUGAUCGGGGGUUUCUACUAAAGUUGGUAGCGAUACAAGUAUAUCCAAGGAGUGUGAGGGGAUGUUGUGUAGGUGAGAUCAGGAGAUGGCACUAGCUGUAGGUGGCACUGCAGCUGCAGAGGUAGACUGGGCUGGAUGCUUAAGGGUCCCAGACACCUAACUGGGGGUUUGGACAGUGUCUUGGCAAACUAGGGAAGGCCUUAAAUGGUGGAACAACCGUGUAUGAUACAUGCUUCUGAAUGGUAAUUCAGCAAACUAAGGGGAAGACAGAAGGAUAGAGAGGGAAGUCAGCUAGGAGUUUAGGAGUGAAUUGGACAUUAGGAAGAGAAAGGUGCUUGUUUGGAGAGUUAAGAGCAGACAUUUAGAAAAGCAGAAAAGAGCUCAUGGAAGGGAUUAAAGCUGAGCUUUUCAGUGUUUCCAAACUAUCCUCAGUUCUAGAGUUUCAUAUUCUUUUACGACCCCUCACUGAAUCACUUUGAUUUUUUUCUUAUCUACCAUAGUUUUAUAUUGCAAGGCCUACUGCAUCAUUUCUUCUUUCAUUUGGGGCUGUUGGGCCUUGACUUGUGAUUAUGAACCCAGAAACGAUUCUCUCAGAGGCGGCUCAGUUGCUGGUGUUAUCUCAGCUUCCUUGCAGUGGUCUGUGUCAAGGGAAUUUAUUUGGAGAGUAAAAAGUGUAUCUUUAUACUUCUGGCAAGUAGAAUCAGGAUUCGAUCUUUCUCUGCUACACUUAACACCCUUUUAACUUCUCGGAUCAUUCUAACCCCUUCAGUUUCUGUUUUCUCUGUCUUGAAAGUGCAUGGAGCCAUGUUAUUGUAUCUUGGUCCCUUGUCUAAAAUUAGAAAGACUGCAUCAUGGCAACAGGCCUAACUAUACUGUUGUCUUAAAUAUUGAAGAAAAUAGAAAAAAAUCCAUAACAUUUGACUUACAUGUCUUUCAUGUAAAUACAUAUUUGCUUUACUUAGAAAUCUUAAAUUAGCUUUUUAUAAAUGUUUCUGCCUUUCUAAAAAAAAGUAGGGUAAGCAACAGUCAGUAGGGUCAUUGUGUCAUGAAUUGAUGGCACGCCAACCAAAGUAUUUUUAUUAUUUUUAUUACGUAGCUAAGUACAUAGUAUGUUCUUGUCUAAGCAAAAAUAUAAUCUUGCAAAUGACUUGCUAGAAAAUUAAGAAUAAAAAUUAUUUCUCCUAUCUUUACAGUUUGUAGCUCUUUACAUGUAAAGCUGUCAUUGCUUGCCUCUAUUAUGUUGCAUUUUGUGGAAAAAAUCAUAUUGAUGCUGGCGAUGUUCUUUAUAAAGUUUUUAAACAUAAAAUUGCACUUCUUAAAAUAAUUAAAAAGAAUGAUCAUUGAGAUUAAUACAACUUUCAUAAAAAUGUAAUUCUUGUGUUGUAAGUAUGUUUGAUUUUGUUGAUUUAUUUGCUUGCAAAUUUUUGUUGUUACUUUAUGAGCAACUUCUUUUAAAAUCUUGAAAUAUUCUAGCCCUUCUAUAAUAUACGCAUAUCUACAGUAUAUGGGUAUAUGGGUUUUCAUGGAGAUUAUUACUGAAAUCUGAGUUCAAGCAAAAUAUACUGUUUCUUCAUGUAAGUCCUAAAUCGAUUUAAAUGCAUAUAAUUUCUUUCAAUAAACGUGUUCUUUGAAUUAUAGGAAAUUAAAGUAUAUAAUAACAGUU